AUGGAGGAUCUCUCAAGCUCUCAAAUUGUGGUCUUGACGCUGUUCAUGCUUGUAGGAGGGGAGAUCUUUGUUUCACUCUUGGGCCUCAUGCUUAGAGUGAACCAUCAAGACAUGCAAGAUCUUCCGAAUGUGAAGAUCAGCUCGGUUCCCGUCGAGCUUGAAGAGAUAGACUCGGCGAACAACGCGGCACAAAGUGAUGAGUCACAGCUUGAAGAAGCAGCUCAUGCAAUUCCACCCAAGAAAUGUACAGAGUUGAAGAGGAGUAGGACUGUCAAGUGCUUAGGAUAUGUGGUCUUUGGGUACUUUGCCGUGAUCCAUGUCUUGGGCUUUCUGCUGGUUUUUCUGUAUAUAACUCAUGUGCCAAGUGCAAGUGCCCCACUGAACAAGAAAGGGAUCAACAUCGUGCUCUUCUCACUAUCAGUCACCGUCGCCUCCUGUGCGAAUGCAGGACUCGUGCCCACAAAUGAGAACAUGGUCAUCUUCUCAAAGAAUUCAGGCCUCUUGCUGCUGCUCAGUGGCCAGAUUCUGGCAGGCAACACAUUGUUCCCUCUCUUCCUGAGACUACUGGUAUGGUUCCUGGAGAGGCUCAUAGAGAUGAAGGAGCUGUGGCACAUGAUCAAGAACCCUGAGGAGGUGCAUUUUGCUAAUCUGCUUCCUAGGUUGCCAACUGCAUUUCUCUCCUCGACGGUCAUUGGCCUUGUAGCAGCUGGGGUCAUGAUGUUCUGCGCUGUUGAUUGUAAUUCUUCAGUGUUUGAUGGGCUCAGCUCUUAUCAGAAGACUGUCAAUGCAUUCUUUAUGGUGGUGAAUGUGAGGCACUCAGGGGAGAAUUCCAUUGACUGCUCACUCAUGUCACCCGCCAUUGUAGUACUAAUAUUCAUUGUCAUGAUGUAUUUGCCAUCAACAACAACACUUACACCACCCAAUGGAGAUAUUAAAACCACCGAUGAGAACACGAAAGGCAAGAGAGGCAAGAGAGGGUCGUUGGUGCAGAAAUUGGCAUUUUCACCACUCGGGUUUAAUGCGAUCUUUGUGGUAGUUGCCUGCAUCACUGAAAGGAGAAGGCUCAGAAACGAUCCACUUAACUUCUCAACCUUGAACAUGAUAUUCGAGGUCAUCAGCGCAUAUGGUAAUGCAGGUUUAUCCACUGGUUACAGUUGUUCUAGGCUGCAUCAGCUGCACCCAGAGAUCAUCUGCCAGGACAAGCCAUACAGCUUUUCUGGAUGGUGGAGUGACAAAGGAAAGUUUGUGCUAAUCUUGGUCAUGCUCUAUGGAAGGCUUAAGGCCUUCGCAAUGGCCACGGGACAAGCUUCGGUUCCCCUGAUCAAGUCAUCUUUGCAUUUGGCAGUCAUCAUCAAGGUAUCAAUGCAACUGAAGAACUGA